CCAUGCCGCCUGGCACCCACUGAGCCGCGCCAUGGCCCGGGCCCUGAGCUGGCACUGCUGCCCCUGGUGCCUCACGGAGGACGAGAAGUCAGCCGCCCGCAUCGACCAGGAGAUCAACAGGAUCCUUCUAGAACAGAAGAAACGGGACCGAGGAGAGCUGAAGCUGCUGCUGCUGGGCCCGGGCGAGAGCGGGAAGAGCACGUUCAUCAAGCAGAUGCGCAUCAUCCACGGCGCCGGCUACUCGGAGGACGAGCGCAGGGGCUUCCGGCCGCUGGUCUACCAGAACAUCUUCGUCUGCAUGCAGGCCAUGAUUGAGGCCAUGGAGCGGCUGCAGAUCCCCUUCGGCAGGUCCGAGAGCAAGCACCACGCCAGCCUGAUCAUGAAGCAGGACCCCUACAAAGUGACCACGUUUGAGAGGCGCCUCGCCCUGGCCGUGCAGUGGCUGUGGAAGGACCCCGGUGUCCGCGCCUGCUAUGAGCGGAGGCACGAGUUCCAUCUGCUGGACUCAGCCAUGUACUACCUGACCCACCUGGAGCGGAUCACGGAGGAGGGCUAUGUGCCCACAGCGCAGGACGUGCUCCGCAGCCGCAUGCCCACCACGGGCAUCAACGAGUACUGCUUCUCUGUGCAGAAGACCAACCUGCGGAUCGUGGACGUCGGAGGCCAGAAGUCCGAGCGCAAGAAGUGGAUCCACUGCUUUGAGAACGUGAUUGCGCUCAUCUACCUGGCCUCGCUCAGCGAGUACGACCAGUGUCUGGAGGAGAACAACCAGGAGAACCGCAUGAAGGAGAGCCUGGCCUUGUUCGGCACCAUCCUGGAGCUGCCCUGGUUCAAAAGCACGUCGGUAAUCCUCUUCCUCAACAAGACUGACAUUCUGGAGGAGAAGAUUCCUACCUCCCACCUGGCCACCUACUUCCCCAGCUUCCAGGGCCCCAAGCAGGACCCGGAGGCAGCCAAGCAGUUCAUCUUGGACAUGUACACGGACGUGUACGCGGGCUGCGCCGACGAAGAUGCCAAAGGCAGCAAGAAGGGCCCGCGCUCGCGCCGCCUCUUCAGUCACUACACGUGCGCCACGGACACGCAGAACAUCCGCAAGGUCUUCAAGGACGUGCGGGACUCCGUGCUCGCCCGCUACCUGGACGAGAUCAACCUGCUGUGACCCAGGCGCGUCCCGGGGGCGCGGAGCCGCCGGCGGGCAGGGGCGCAAGGAGCCGCCUGCGGG